AUGGGACCUGUUGGGGAAAUUAAGCCCAGAAACCAAACAGUCACUACUAAUUUCUUACUGUUGGGGUUUACCUUCCAAGGCAAGAUGCAACUCCUACUUUUCAUGCUGAUUUCCAUAAUAUUUCUGGCCAUUCUUCUAGAAAACAGGACCAUUUUGACUAUGGUAUCUGAUCCUCGGCUCCACAUGCUGAUGUACUUCUUCCUGGGCAAUCUCUCCUACCUGGACAUUUUCUACUCUACAGUCACUGUUCCCAAAAUGCCGAGUGGCUUUCUCCACUUCUUCCACUUCCUGGGCAGUACUGAGGCUAUGCUCCUGACCACCAUGGCCUAUGACCCCUAUGUGGCCAAUUGCAAUUCUUUGUGCCACACCCUUGUCAUGAGCUCACAGACUUGUUUGCUGCUGGCUGUGGCCAGCUGGUCCACUGAAUGUCUGGUACCAGGAAGCAAGAUGAAGUCUUUCUUCACCUGUGCCUCCCCCCUCACCAUUGUGGCACUGCUUUACAUAUCAGUGCUCUUCAAUUAUACACCACCCUCCUCUGGAAGCCCUCCCUAA